GUAUUGGCAGUGAAUUUCGGAACGCAGCCUUUAUUCCUGAACACGUGGGAACAUACACGUGUGUGAAUCAAAUUUAUUUAGCAUUAUUGAUCAAAUGAGAAAUGUUAAACACAUAUUAAUAAUCACUAAAAGUAUUUUAUUUGUGGAGAAAGGCUUCAAGUAUAUUGAAAGAAAAAAUUUUGUUGCACUUAAAAGUUCUUAAAACUUGCAAUAUACACAAUAGUUUUUAUCUCAAAACUUUCAUCAUGUACUGAUGUACCUCAGUAAUUUCUAUUAAGAAUUGUGAAGGAAUAAUAAGUAAAAUGGGCUUGACUAAACAAUACCUAAGAUAUGUUCCAGCAGGUAAUACUAACAUAAUUGCAAGCUGUCGAUGCAAUGUUAUUUUUGUAACAUUAGAAGGACAAGAAGGAAGAUUCAUAGCUAGUGCAGCAUGUGAACAUGUGUUUAUCUGGGAUUUACGGCUUGGUGAGAAGGCACAAGUUCUGUCUGGUGAAAAAGUACAGGUGACACACCUAGCUGCAUCACCUGACAAAAAACAUAUUGCUGUUGGUUACGCAGAUGGCACAGUGAAAAUCUUUGAUUUAUGCUCUGCUGAAAAUAUUAGUAUAUUUGUAGGACACAAGUCUGCAAUUACAACAUUAGCAUAUGAUGCUUUAGGUCAUAAAUUGGCCAGUGGUUCUAAUGAUACAGAUAUCAUUGUCUGGGAUGUUGUUGCGGAAACUGGAAUAUGUCGAUUGAUUGGACACAAAAAUGUUGUAACUAAAUUGGUGUUUAUGAAGGAACAUAAUAUCCUCAUUAGCUCUAGCAAAGAUACUUAUGUGAAAUUUUGGGAUUUAGACACAGAACAUAAUUUCAAAACCCUUGUUGGACAUAGAUCAGAAGUUUGGAGUUUUGUAUUAGUGAAAGAUGAUAAAUAUUUAAUAACAGGAUGCAAUGAUACAGAACUGCGUGUUUGGAAAAUAACUUUUGUGGAUAACAAAAAUAUUGAAUUUAAUACUGCUACAAACGAUAUAGACCUCAAUGAGGAAAGUAUAGACACAGAUAUGAAAUAUCCUAUGAGAUGUGAAAAAAUUUCAAGUAUAUUAAAAGUUGGACGUGGUCGAGUCAUCUCGUUACAAGUUGACCCUACGUGUAAAGUUAUUGGAUGUUAUGGGGUUGGCCAUAUUGUAGAAUUGUUUUCUCUAGUGCCCGAUGAUAAAGUAAAAGAAAAAUUUGCAAAGAGAUUAAAAAAAAGGAUAAAGGCUCAAAAGGAGGGAAAGGAUGUAGAGAAGGAACUACCAAAUGCACCGACUUUGGAGGAUGAGAUAAAACGUUUACCUGCCUUUAAAAUAUCCAGUAAAAUCAAAGGGCUUGAUUUAAUUAUAGGCAAAGGAAACGAACUCAGAAUAUGUGUUGGAGCUGAUAAUAACUCAAUCGAAUUACAUUCUUUAUAUAUGGAUAUGAAGGACGCUAAAGUGAAUAGUUUGCGUUCUUUAAUGAUACACGGACAUCGCACGGACGUGCAUGCCCUUUGUUUCAGCUCUGAUAAUUUGGUAUUCGCUACUGUUAGUGGAGAUUCAAUUAAAUUAUGGAACAGGCCAACAUUGUCGUGCUUACGCACAAUACAGUGUGAUUAUGCUUUGACGGUAACAUUUGUGCCAGGCGACAAACAUCUGAUUGUCGGUUUAAAAGACGGUAAAAUGCUUAUCGUCGAUAUUGGAUCUGGCGAUAUUUUGGAAGAAAUACCAGCGCAUUCCAAAGAACUUUGGAGUGUGGCAUUAUUCCCCGACUUGAAAGGGGUUGCUAGCGGCGGCGGUGAUCAUACUGUAAAAUUUUGGAACUUCGAGCUCAUUGCGGAUUCUAACAGUCAAAUCAAAGCGAAAGUACUCUCUGUUGUACAUACGAAAACGCUUACACUUGAGGAGAGCGUACUGUGCGUAAGAAUAAGCCCAAACAACAGACUCCUUGCCGUUUCUCUAAUGGACUGCACUGUUAAGAUCUUUUUUGUGGACACUUUCAAGUUCUUUACGUCGCUUUACGGACACAAGUUACCAGUGCUGUGUAUGGACAUAUCCAGCGACUCUACUCUCAUAGCGACUGGUUCUGCUGAUCGCAACGUUAAAAUAUGGGGUCUGGAUUUCGGCGAUUGUCACAAGUCCAUAUUUGCGCACGACCAUUCUGUUACGGGCCUGUCGUUUGUACCUGGUACACACUAUUUCUUCACUUCUGGGAAAGACGGCAAAAUCAAGCAAUGGGAUGCCGACAUAUUCCACAAGAUUGUUACAUUACAAGGACACUUUGGAGAAAGUUGGAAUUGCUGCAUUUCUCCAAACGGCGUUUACGUCGCGUCGUGCGGUUCUGAUAGAGUGAUAAGAUUGUACGAAAAAACUGACGAACUUUUGGUACUGCAAGACGAAGAGGAGGAAGAAAGGGAGCAGCAGGAAAAGGAAUUAGUCACUGGAGAAAAAACUAUGGUGAUGGGGCAGAAACAGCAGACGUUGCCUUCCAGGAAAACCGUUAGCAGUGAGAAGGCUGCUGAAUUGAUACUAGAAUGUUUGGAAAUGACCAAACAAUACGAGGAAGAAUCGAAAGUUACUUCAACCAACGCAGUGCCACCACUUCCUCUGUUAGCGCAGGGUUACAAUUGCACAAAUAUGGAGGAUUUCUUAUUGGAGACUUUUAAACGAGUUAGAGCAAGUGAAUUGGAAGAAACGCUGAUGCUAUUGCCGUUCUCCGCCGCGUGUGAUAUUCUGCAAAGACUACCUGUAUUGUUGAAAAGGGACUACCACACUGAGCUAUUGGCUAAAUUAGCUUUGUGCUUGAUACAAGUUCAUCAUGGUCCCAUCGUGGCUAAUGGAUAUCUUUUAUCCACGUUGGAGAACGUGAGGAUACUUGCUAUGGAAAAGAUAUCUACUUUGAGGGAUACUGUUGGAUUUAAUUUACAUGGUAUGGCAUACAUGCAACGUGUGCUUGAGGAACGAGAAGGAAUCAAACUCUUCAAGGAUGCUACUAAAAAUAGCAAACAAAGAAACAAAGUGAAAAGAAAUAAGGAAAAGGCUGUUAAGAGAGCAGUUAUGAAUCUGUAAAUCUUAACAUGAAAGUUUUUGUAUGUAAAUACGAUUACUAAGUUGUGAUGUUUUAUAUUGAUUAUAAGAAUAAAUAAUGCAUUAGUUAUA